CACAUGCAAACAAAGAGGAAGUGUGCUUGUCUCACUUAAAGUUCACUGGGCGCAAUUGUUCCCUUCGUUACGCCAUUUCAAACAAAAAAAAGGAAGGAAGAAAGAAAGAUAAAAAGGGGAAAAAAUCGGAAUUAGGACAAGAAGAGAAAAAAUACCAAGCAGGUUGAAUCGAAAGCACUUGUUUAUGCAUGUGACGUCAUCACGUUCAAGUAAAGAAGUCAGAUGCUCUGUGAAAAGAAUACUGAUUUGAUGUUCAUUCCGUAUCCUAGAAAAUAAGGUAAGUAAGAUGCCCCACCUUCCAGUAUAACCUGGAUGCAUGGGCUCAGCUUUUGCAAGGCAGUAAGAACCCUGUGCAGGACUUUCCUUCUGUGCCCACGUCCACUUGUGCAGCGCUGUCGCCCUCUGAGCCACGCCUGGGGCUUUGCUUUGCCAGCGAGACACCCGUCGAGACACUUCAGCCUCACGUCUCCGUCUUUCUUGGCCGUCUCUCGGACCACGUGGCAGGACGACCGGCCGACCAUGGCCGAGCAGAGAUACUGCGUGGAAUACGCCAAGCGUGGCCAGGCAGGCUGCAAAAAAUGCAAGGACAAGAUCGUGAAGGGGCUGGUGCGCAUCGGGAAGAUCGUACCCAACCCGUUCAGCGAGUCUGCAGGAGAGAUGAAGGAGUGGUAUCACGUGAAGUGCAUCUUUGAGAAGCUGGAGCGAGCGCGGGCCACCACUAAGAAGAUUGAGGACAUAACGGACCUGGAGGGCUGGGAGGAACUGCAAGACGAGGAAAAAGAGCUGAUCAAUAAGCUUGUUGCAGACCUGGCUGCCAAGACUAAUGCAAGUCCAAAGAAGGUGGUCCAAGCCAAGUUAAACACCAGCGGCCGGUUAUCAGCUCCUCUUGCUGAUCCGACAGUGAACGCUCCACGCAAGUUUUCCGGCUUCACAGCAACAAAGGCAGGUCCGUCAUCAUCGAGCCCAGGCCCGUCGUCUCCUGCUAAAGCCUCACCAGGCAGUGUUCUGUCCGCUCAGUUUUGCCAGCCCGACCAUAAGGACUGCCUGUUCCGCGAAUUCCGCAAGCUCUGCGGCAUGGUGGCUGAGAAGUCCAGCUACAACGCAAAAACCGAGAUCAUCAAGAACUUCCUGAAGAAGGGUUCCGGUGGAGACAAGUUUAAGGGAGAUCUCUACCUGACAGUGAAGCUGCUCCUCCCAGGCGUAGUGAAAAGCGUUUACAACCUCAACGACAAGCAAAUCGUCAAACUCUUCAGCCGCAUCCUCAACUCCAACCAGGACGAGAUGGUGCGCGACCUGGAACAGGGAGAUGUCUCCGAGACGGUGAGGAUGUUUUUUGAAGCCAGCAAGUCGUUUCCUCCUUCAACCAAGAGUCUGCUGACCAUCCAGGAAGUGGACGCGUCGCUAAACCGCCUGGCUCAGCUCACUAAAGAAGACGAGCAGCAGACAGAACUGGAGGACAUCGCGAAAAAAUGCACAGGGAACGACUUGAAGUGUUACAUCCGUCUGGUGAAACACGACCUGAAGAUUAAUUCUGGUGCCAAACAUGUCCUGGAUGCUUUAGACCCUAAUGCCUACGACGCCUUCAAAGCCUCUCGAAACCUCGGCGACGUGAUUGACCGAGUCCUACGCAAUCAGCAGGAGGCAUUGAACGGCGGCGGCCCGAGGAAGCUCUUGAGUGUCGAGGCCACUCUUAUGACCCCUGUGCAGCCCAUGCUGGCAGAAGCCUGCAAGUCCAUCGAGCACGCCAUGAAGAAAUGCCCAAAUGGAAUGUACUCGGAGAUCAAGUACGACGGCGAGCGCGUGCAAGUGCACAAGAACGGAGAUCACUUCAGCUACUUCAGCCGCAGCCUCAAACCCGUGCUUCCUCACAAGGUGGCCCAUUUUAAAGAGUUUAUACCUCAGGCUUUUGCUGGAGGCCACAGCAUGAUUCUAGACACUGAAGUUCUCUUGAUUGAUACCAAGACCAGUAAGCCUCUGCCCUUCGGAACAUUAGGAGUUCACAAAAAAGCGGCGUUCCAAGACGCACAAGUCUGCCUGUUUGUUUUUGACUGCAUUUAUUUUAAUGGUGUCAGCCUCAUGGAUAAGCCACUUUGCGAGAGAAGAAAGUUUCUCCAUGACAACAUGGUGGAAGUCCCGAACAGGAUUCUGUUUUCAGAGAUGAAACACGUCACAAAAGCUGCUGACCUGGCGGAGAUGAUCACGCGAGUCAUCAGAGAGGGACUGGAGGGACUUGUUCUGAAAGACAUCAAGGGAGUGUAUGAACCCGGUAAACGCCACUGGCUGAAGGUAAAGAAAGACUACCUGAAUGAAGGCGCAAUGGCAGACGCGGCCGAUUUAGUGGUUUUAGGGGCGUUUUAUGGAACCGGCUCAAAAGGUGGAACCAUGUCCAGUUUCCUCAUGGGCUGCUACGAUCCUGCCUCAAAGAAAUGGUGCACGGUGACGAAAUGCUCCGGAGGCUACGACGACGCCACGCUCGCCAGACUGCAGAAGGAGCUGGACGUCAUUAAAAUCGGCAGGGAUCCCAGCAAGAUCCCACCAUGGCUAAAUAUAAUCAAGAACUACUAUCCGGAUUUUCUCAUCCGAGAUCCUGAGAAAGCCCCAGUCUGGGAGAUUACAGGAGCCGAGUUCUCCAAGUCAGAAAUGCACACAGCCGAUGGCAUCUCCAUCCGUUUCCCCCGAUGCACCCGUAUGCGUGACGAUAAGGACUGGAAGACGGCCACCAAUCUUCCCCAGCUCAAGGAACUCUACCGUGUCUCGAAGGAGAGAUGCGACUUUGAAGUGACAGCCGGGCCGUCUACAAGCAAAGACGACAAGAGUUCAUCGGGAGGAGACAGCGGAGGCAGCUCACCGUCCACCUCUAACAGCACGCCGAGCUCAAACAAAGCCAAAAACGGUCACACUCCAAAGCCAAAGCCGGUCAAACCUGCAACUCCGUCCCCUGCCAAGAGGAAGCUGCCCACUGCGGAACACAGUGCAAAGAAGAUCAAGGUCAAAACAAUUCGCAGCAACGGCCAAAGCACAGCAAAAGCUUCUCCGGCUAAGGCGGCUGACCCACAGCCCGAACAGACUCUGCUGAACAUCUUCACCGGAGUAAAGCUGUACCUCCCGGAAUCGGCGCAGGACUUUGCGAAGCUGCGCCGCUACUUCGUGGCGUACGAUGGAGAUCUCAUUCCGGAUUACAACGCCGCCUCUGCGACGCACACGCUAGCCGAGCCCGAAGAGGGGAGCCAGGCCCAGAAAGUCAGCGCCAACUGGAUCUGGCAGUGCAUAAAGAAAAGAAGAGUGGUUCCACCUUGCUGAAAAAAAAAAAAAGACAGAACUGCCCUGACGGGGCAGCGUGCUGCUUUUGGAAACAUUUCUUGCGCAAUUUUUAAAAAGUGGCCUUCAAACCUUCAGGCAACUGGAGAUAUUGUUGACCACAACACAACACAUGUUCGUUCAGGACAAACUUGUUGAGGUUUACUUGUAGGAUGUCUCAGUAAGGCUACUUUUUUUUUUUUUUUUUUCUUUUCCUUUCCUAAACACUUUACAAUGGUGUCAUAUCAAUAGCAACAUCAGCUUUGUCCGGUACGUCAGACUGGAUCGGUUGUGUGUGGGGGGGGGUUCCCUCCCUCCCUUCUCAGAAGCUCAGUCUUUGAGCGCGUUUUAUGCUGGAUGUCAUUUUCUAUAAAACAAAAGAGGCUUUCUAGAAUAGUAGACAACAUCGCUUGUCUAUGCAAAGACACACACGUGCGCACGCACACACCUGGGCCUGUUUCUUCACACAUUAAUUAAUUAAUUAAUUAAUUAAUUAAUUAAUUAAUGAGCGAGCGAGCUGAACCGGCUCAUUGACGACUCGACACAAUCCUGGAUUUGUUCGUUCAACAAGACCGGCUCGAGGCAGACAAAAGUCGGAUUUACACUAGACGGGUUUCAACCCGAUUUCUUAAAUUUAUGCUGCGGAUGGACAUUUUAAAAGUGCGGGACCGUGCCCUUCUCAAAUAAUUCUAUUCUGGCUCAUGACGACGAUUCUCAAGUCCCACUUAUUUAAAGCCUUAUCCUGGAUUUGUUACUAAAAUACGUAUUAAAAACGGAGUCCUGUUUAAAUGGAGGUUUUUAUACACUAAGAAAAGUUUAGAGAGCGUAACAGUGCAGGAAGCAUCAGUGAAGAUUUGGAAAAGCGUGCAGUGUUACAGCAGGACGAGUCAUUAUUUCGACACAGCAAUAAAAGUCUGGGACUCUCUCUUAAAUAAAACGAAUCAUAUCACCGUAUUUCAGGUGCAGGUUUGAUUUAACUUUUUUUUUAAUGCUCAUUUGCAAUAUUUACGCGCGGUGAUUUUUUUUUUUUUUAAAGAAAGACAAUGACAUAAUGAAACACUGAACAUUUCUCACCACAAAAAUAAACACUGCUCCUUUAUCAG